GAAUUUACCCUAUAUUAACAAAAAAUGAAAAUCAAUAUAGGGGUGUUCAGUCUUGAAUUUACCCUUACCACUGUGACCUAUCCCUCUUCUUGCGACUCGAAUCCUCCCCAAUCCAUACGGAUCCACGAUCAUCGUCGUCAAUCUGUCUCUCUUUUGUUGAACAUAUAGUUUGAAUUCCAACAAUCGAACGGACACGAAAAACGGUUUAAAUUGAAGAAAUUAUGAUUCCGGUGUACGAAGUGGAUAUGAAUUUGCCGGUGUAGGUGUGUGUUUUGCUGUGUAAUCUUGUUUCUGCAGAGUUUGAGAUCAAGAGCUUGGUGUUGAGCGUGUAGUGAAGUAACAGGAAGGAAUCAUGUUUGGUUCUAGCAAUCCGUUUGGGCAGUCAACAAACAGCCCGUUUGGGUCCCCAUCGGUUUUCGGGCAGACUAGUAAUGCAAAUAACAAUCCAUUUGCUACACAACCUUUUGGUAGCACGUCUCCGUUUGGUGCACAAACAGGGGGUUCUAUGUUCGGUGGCACAUCUACCGGUGUGUUUGGUGCUUCCUCACCGGUUUUUGGUGUCUCGUCAGCGCCUGCUUUUGGAGCUUCAUCAAGCCCAGCCUUUGGUGCUUCAUCGUCUGCUUUCGGUGGUUCAUCCGUGUUUGGGCAGACUCCUGCAUUUGGUGGCUUCGGAUCCACUACACAACAAUCAAGUCCGUUUGGAAGCUCGUUUCAGCAAUCGCAACCGGCUUUCGGAAGCAGUGGAUUUGGAUCCUCACCGUUCGGAGCAUCGAGUCAACCCGCUUUCGGUGCUCCUAGUCCUACCACACCAACAUUUGGUAGCACCCCUGCGUUUGGUGCUGCUACAAGCACACCGGCUUUCGGUUCUACAUCAACCCCAACGUUUGGUAACACGGGUUCCGCCUUUGGUGUCUCUAGUACCUCGGUUUUCGGAUCUAGCACUCCUGCUUUUGGUGCUUCGAGUACUCCGGCUUUUGGUGCUUCGAGUACACCAGCUUUUGGUGCUUCGAGUACGCCUGCUUUCGGUGCUACUACGUCUCCUUUCAGUUUUGGGUCAACUCCAGCAUUUGGUCAAUCAACUUCUGCGUUUGGCAGUAGCCCGUUUGGUGCUACUACUACCCCAGCCUUUGGUGCUCAAAGCUCCCCAUUUGGAGGUCAGACUACAGCACCAGCAUUUGGGAGUCCUGGGUUCGGUCAACCGUCAUUUGGAAGUCAACGAGGGGGAACGAGAGUAUCGGCAUAUGCUCAGACACCCGAGGCAGACAGUGGUAGCAGUACACAACCUGCUGGAAAACUGGAGUCGAUAUCCGCAAUGCCUGUUUAUAAAGAAAAAAGUCACGAAGAGCUUCGAUGGGAGGACUAUCAGUUAGGAGAUAAAGGGGGUCCAAAUCCUGCUGGCCAGUCUUCUGCUGGAACGGGAUUUAAUAUGAACAACACGCAGCAGGCGAACCCUUUUGCUUCCUCUUCACCUGCAUUUGGCCAGUCAUCUGCAAAUCCGUUUUCGUCAUCUACGUCUACCAACCCGUUUGCUCCAAAGACGUCAACUUUUGGUACCACAACGUUUGGAAACUCAACGCCAUCACUUGGUUCUUCACCCUUUGCAUCUGCAGCUUCUAAUCCUUUCGGGUCAACACCUACUCCAGCACCAUCUGCAUUUGGGUCAACUCCUGCUUUCGGAUCUACAACCUCUGGUUCUCUUUUCGGUUCGACUCCUGCAUUUGGAACCUCAACGUCUAUUUUUGGUACAACUCAAGCUCAGGGAACAACUUCGUCAUUUGCAACUGGCCUUAACUUUGGAAGCACUCAAUCAUCCCCCUUGUUCCAGUCAACCACACCCACUCUUGGUCAAACGAGUUCGCCUUUUGGGCAGACUCCUUCAGCUUUUGGGCAGACUGCUUCAGCUUUUGGGCAGACUCCUUCAGCUUUUGGGCAGACUCCUUCAGCUUUUGGGCAGGCUGCCCCGUCUUUUGGGCAGAGUACUCCCGCCUUUGGUCAAUCAAAUGCUUUUGGAAACAACUUGUUCUCAAGCACCCCUUCGCUGUUAAGCUCGAACAGCAUGGGAUUCAAUCAGACAACUCCUUCUCUCUCAACGCCCUUUCAGACGGCUCAACCAACUCAGAAUCCAGGUGGUUUCGGCUUUUCAGCACCUGCAGGUGGCACACCAAGCAUUUUUGGUCAGAGUAAUUUCGGACAACCGUCUGUCAAUCAGAGCCCACAACCACAGUCUAUUACUAUUACAAAUCCUUUCGGAACUCUACCCGCAAUGCCUCAGAUGUCAAUUGGCCAUGCAGGAAAUGCACCUUCAAUUCAGUAUGGAAUUUCUAGCUUGCCGGUCGUCGACAAACCUUCUCCUAUGAGGAUAUCAUCUGUGUUAACGUCGCGGCAUCUAUCUCAAAGGCGGAUUAGGUUGCCUGCUAGGAAGUAUCACCCCAAUAAUGACGGUCCAAAGGUUUCGUUUUUCAAUGACGAUGAAGAGACUACCAGCACACCUAAAGCAGAUGCUCUUUUCAUUCCCAGAGAGAAUCCAAGAGCUUUGGUUAUUCGCCCUAUGGAACAGUGGCCCGCAAAAGCAUCUGCAGAGAAACCGAAAGAAAAGAAUCCAUCUUCUCCAGCACAAGCUAAUGGUCAAUACACCGAGUUCGCUUCUACCGCUCAUCAAAACGGCCACUCUACAGAUGAUGGGAACAGAAAUCAUUCCGAAAACGGUGUUUCUAAAGAACAAGCUACUCCCGUAAGGAUAACACAGAAGACAAAUGGGCUACACGAGGAUCCGAAAUCUGACUCGUACAUCACGUUAACCGGUCACCGAGCCGGGGAGGCAGCAAUCGUUUACGAACACGGGGCUGAUAUUGAAACGCUCAUGCCUAAACUCCGCCAUUCGGAUUACUACACCGAGCCACGAAUCCAAGAACUAGCCGCCAAAGAGCGAGCAGAACCCGGUUACUGUCGCCGCGUAAAGGACUUUGUAGUCGGGCGGCAUAACUGUGGAAAAAUUAAGUUUUUUGGGGAAACGGAUGUGAGACGUCUGGACCUGGAGUCGCUUAUCCAGUUUAAUCAUCGUGAAGUGAUUGUUUAUAUGGACGAGACCAAAAAACCGCCUGUUGGACAGGGGCUUAACAAGGCUGCUGAGGUAACGCUUUUGAACAUAAAGUGUGUUGAUAAAAAGACGGGCCGCCAAUUCACUGAAGGACCGAGAGUUGAAAAGUAUAAACAAAUGUUGAAAAAGAAAGCGGAGGAUCAAGGUGCGGAGUUCAUCUCUUAUGAUCCGGUUAAAGGGGAAUGGAAGUUUAGGGUUAGUCAUUUCAGUCGGUACGGGCUCGAAGAUGCACUUGUUGGAUGAUAUAGUUGGUUUGUGGUGAGCAGUUAUCUUGGUUUUUUUGUUGGCCUGCUUUUGUUUUUUGAACACUGGUUUGUAUAGAAUAUGUUGAUUUCUUCUGGUGUACGUAUACCCGGUGCAAAUUUGCUUCUGUUGUUAUUGGGACCGGUUAUUCGAAUAACUGACUUAAUUGGUGGGAAUGCGGAUACAGAGUUAAGAAACCGGUCUACAACCCUUAAAAA